GGGCAAGAGCGGUGCACAACACGCUUCAACGCCCUAGUGGAAAAUUUUUCCCUUUCUCUUAACUUCUUUUCCUCCCAACUGAAACCAAAAAGGAGAGGGACAAAGCUCCAUCGAGUAAAACCCUGACAUAAAAACCCUAAUUAAUUAGAACAAGGCCAAAACGAUAACACGAAUUCGUUUUUUCGGUUACAUUGACAUUUAUAUCAACUUUUGAUCAUUUCUACGGACAGCAGCACAUAAAAUGAGUCGAUAUGAUAGCCGCUCCGGCGAUCCCACCUCCUACCGUGACCGUAGAAGUGACUCAGGGUUUGGUGGGGCUUCAGCAUAUGGUGGUUCAGGGCGGUCCUUGUCAAGCAGAAAGGACUAUGAUGCUGCUGAACCACCUAGGAAGUUGGAUUUGGAUGGCUUGACACCAUUUGAAAAGAAUUUUUAUGUUGAAUCUCCUUCUGUGGCGGCAAUGUCUGAGAUGGAGGUGGAGGAAUAUCGGCAGCGGAGGGAAAUUACAGUUGAAGGUCGUGAUGUUCCAAAGCCUGUGAAGAGUUUUGCUGAUGUGGGAUUUCCAGACUAUGUACUGCAAGAAGUCUCGAAAGCAGGGUUUGUUGAACCAACAGCCAUACAAGCUCAAGGCUGGCCAAUGGCUUUAAAGGGUCGUGAUCUUAUUGGUAUUGCUGAAACAGGAUCAGGGAAGACUCUUGCCUAUUUAUUGCCUGCAAUUGUUCAUGUCAACGCACAGCCAAUUUUAGCUCCUGGAGAUGGUCCAAUUGUAUUAGUAUUAGCUCCCACACGUGAACUUGCGGUUCAAAUACAACAGGAGGCUGCUAAGUUUGGUGCGUCAUCAAGGAUCAAGAAUACAUGCAUAUAUGGUGGGGUUCCAAAGGGACCUCAAGUGCGUGAUCUCCAGAAAGGUGUUGAGAUUGUUAUUGCUACACCAGGAAGGUUAAUAGAUAUGUUGGAUUCACAUCACACAAAUUUGCGAAGAGUUACUUAUUUAGUCUUGGAUGAGGCAGAUCGGAUGUUAGAUAUGGGGUUUGAGCCUCAGAUACGAAAAAUUGUUUCUCAGAUCCGUCCUGAUCGUCAAACUUUAUACUGGAGUGCAACUUGGCCAAAGGAGGUUGAACAAUUGGCAAGGCAGUUUCUUUACAAUCCGUACAAAGUGAUAAUUGGAUCUGCGGAUUUAAAAGCUAACCAUGCAAUUCGCCAACAUGUUGACAUUGUUUCGGAGAGUCAGAAAUAUAACAAAUUGGUGAAGCUGCUGGAGGAUAUCAUGGAUGGCAGCAGAAUUUUGAUUUUCAUGGAUACCAAGAAAGGCUGUGACCAAAUCACCAGGCAACUUCGCAUGGAUGGUUGGCCGGCUCUCUCAAUUCAUGGAGAUAAAAGUCAAGCAGAAAGGGAUUGGGUCCUUUCAGAGUUUAAAGCUGGCAAGAGCCCUAUAAUGACUGCAACAGAUGUUGCAGCUCGUGGCUUAGAUGUGAAAGAUGUCAAAUAUGUAAUCAAUUAUGACUUCCCGGGUUCUCUUGAGGAUUAUGUUCAUCGCAUUGGUCGAACUGGAAGGGCGGGGGCAAAAGGAACUGCCUACACUUUCUUCACAGCUGCAAAUGCCAGAUUUGCAAAAGAACUUAUUGCCAUACUUAAGGAAGCUGGACAAAAGGUCAGUCCUGAAUUGGCAGCAAUGGGACGUGGUGCACCUCCUCCCCCAUCAGGACAUGGUGGUUUCCGAGACCGAGGUAAAGGUUAUGGGGGCAGCCGCCCUUGGAAUUGAUCAAUGAAAAGACCACAAAGGGGUCUAAAUUGUAAGACUAUGAGGGUACAGUGUAGUGUAGACAUACUUUUGUUAAUUUGUUUGACUACCACCACUGUUUUUUCUGGGUUCAAUUGUCUUCACCUGUAAAGACUAGCAGGAAGAACAAGCAUAGAUGGAAACUUGUAAAUUAAUUGUCUUUAUUUUCUGAUAAAUCAUUUUUUUCCCCGAGUAA